AUGGAUCCUUCUUACGAGUCCGACGACGAGCAAGACUCUCGCAUCGAGGAUCUUCUGCAGGAGCGAGACCAGCUGACAGCGAAGCUCCUCGAGUCGCCCUACGAUGCCAUUCUCUACUUGCGACGUGCGGUCGUGUAUACAAACCUGGGAUAUCCCGACUUGGCCGCCGGCGAUGCCUACAAAGCACUCCUGUUGACGGACGAGGUCAGUGACGAUAGCUUCGAGUAUCACGAACAGGCCUGCGAGGCAUUAUCACACUACUUGGGCAGCGCGCUGCCAGCUGUACUCGUACACGGUGCACUCGCGUCGGCCAAGAUCUCAACGGCCUCAUUGGACCCCGUGGACCCAGUCAACCCAGCCGAUGAUAUUUCCUCGUUAGCGCAACUAGCUGCCAUCCGGAGCUACCAGAUCCUCGCGCUCAGCCUACUGCUCUGUGGCUGUCUCAAGAGCGCAUGCACGUUUUGCGAUCGGGGCCUAGCCAUCGUGCCAGGGAAUAAAGAGCUGCUCGAGACGCGGCAGUACAUUCAGACCGUUGCGGAUCGGCGUUUGCGCAGCUGGGAUCUUGAUGUCAACAGUCUGCCCGAGUGGGGUGUCGUCCGGCGCGAGGUGUACCCCUGGAACACGCACGAGCCGGACCGCUUUUCGGACGAGUCGCUAGACUUUUUGAACAAGGAGCUUGUAAAGAUCGCGCCGAAAUGUGCAGUCCAGGUCUCCAAACUCCCUGUCCUCCUCGAAGCAGCGGACCACCAUGACAGCGACGAUAUCAUCCCGACAUGCAAUCAGCUCGGCGUGUUUGCGAAGGAGGAUAUCGCACCGGGCGAGGUGGUGCUGGAAGAAUAUUCGCUCCUAACGGCGAAUAACCGACUCAAGGACUCGGUCUGCGACGCCUGCAGUGAGGAACUGCCGCCCCUGGGGCCCGACUCGGCAGCUAUCAAUUGCAGCGAAUGCUACGAUACUGUCUUUUGCAGCCAGUUCUGUCACGACCUGGCACAGGAGCUCUAUCAUCCCGCUGUGUGCGAGAAGGAUGUUGACUCGAUCGCGAAGGACACGGAAGCCCGGGAUGCCGAUGAAUCGCUACAUCUGCUUCUCCUUGCACGUGUAUUGGCACUGGGAGCGCAUCAGGAGAAACACCCUCUGGACAUUACUCAGAUCAAGUACAUCUGGGGCGACUUCGUCUCCUCCACCUCGAAUCAGAUCAGCUUGCUGCUCAACGCUGGGCCUCCACCAGAGUGGACACUACCCUUCUCGUUCUCGAAGAAUAUCGAAGCACCUCUGCACAUCCUUGAGAAGAUGGACAUUGACAUUUACGCCACCCUUGCUGAACACGACACCUGGGUCUUCAACACCAUCUAUGCCAAGACACGUGGGACCGCAUCCGCCCGGAAGAGUCUGCGAGAUGGCCGCCCGGAUGUCGCUGCGGUUCACCCAUUCUGGUGUCUCGCUAACCAUGAUUGCGACCCAAAUGUAUCGUGGGACUGGGGCGGGCGCAUGGUUCUUCGGGCGCGGGAGGAACGCGCCGUCGGGAACCGGCCUGGGGGUAUCGAAGCGGGCGAGGAAGUGCUCAACCACUACUGCGACAUCACCCUGCCGGUUCAACAGCGACGGGAAUGGGCGAGCGGCAGCCUGGGCGGCUGGUGCAUGUGUCAGCGAUGUCGCACGGAAGCGCUGGUUGCGGGGACGGUGAACGGGGUUUAUAAGAUGGAGGAGUGA